UAAUUCUGUAGGAAAUGACAUGCGCAUGCGUUUACCGGUACACCAGCGGUGAAUUGGUUUUACGUGAAUUCUGUAGGGAGAAAUUGGCAAGUUUUUCUUAUUCAAUAUUGUUCAUACAACAGUAAGCGACAACACAUCACCACGGGACGAAAAGAAGAUCUGAGCUGUAAAAAAAUAUGCCCAAGAACAAAGGUAAGGGAGGAAAGAAUCGUAGACGUGGAAAGAAUGAGAACGAGUCAGAGAAGAGAGAGCUGGUGUUCAAAGAGGAUGGGCAGGAGUAUGCCCAGGUGAUUAAGAUGUUGGGUAAUGGGAGGUUGGAAGCCAUGUGUUUUGACGGCGUGAAGCGGCUCUGCCACAUCCGAGGAAAACUCCGGAAAAAGGUGUGGAUUAACACGUCAGAUAUCAUCCUGGUGGGAUUGAGAGAUUACCAGGACAACAAAGCUGAUGUGAUCCUGAAGUACAAUGCAGAUGAGGCCAGAAGUCUGAAGGCUUACGGAGAACUGCCGGAGCACGCCAAGAUCAACGAGACCGACACCUUCGGUCCUGGGGACGAUGAAGACAUCCAGUUCGAUGACAUUGGAGAUGAUGACGAGGACAUUGAUGAUAUCUAAGGACCUUCUACCAGAGGGUAUGGUUCGAUUUUCCCCUCGCUGAAAAUCAACACAGGACUUCUGUACCCCACACACACACCAAAUUUCAAGGUUGACCCUCCCAAUUUCCCAUUGAUACCAUGACUGCAGCUACUCACAAUCUCUUGCGUUAUCUUUUUAAUGUAUUUAUAUCAAUUUCACGCAGAGUGGAAUUUACUUACAAGUACAGAAUCUCUGGAUUCGCAAUAAAAAGAUAAACCAUUUUA